CACGGUGGCUUAGUGGUUAGCCCUGUUGCCUCACAUCUUGGGAGUUUGAAUCCCAACUCUGCUUCGUGUGCACAGAGUUUGCAUGUUCUCCCUGUGCUUCAGGGGUUUCCUCCUCCAGUCCAAAUCCAUGCGCUGUAGGCUGACUGGCAUUUCCAAAUUGUCCGUAGUGUGUGUGUGAGAGUGUGUGCAAGUCUCCUGGGAUAGGCUCCACAAACCUGUGUAGGAUAAGUGGUACAGAGAAUGGAUGGAUAGUCUGGACUAAGAGUAAGUUAGCACAUGGUGUGGUAGGUCGAGCACACACAGCGGCGCUAGGACCACGAGGUUAAACUGCAGCGCCAAACUCAUCUCUGCUUAUUUGGCUGGAGAGACCCCAGUAGGCAACGCACACUGUCCUGCCUUUCUCCAGGAAACCGAUUCAUCCUACGGGACUUGAGUGCAGAUGUGACAGAGGCAGCAAGUGGAGUGUGUCUGGGUGUUAGUGUGGAGGCUGUUUUUUUUUUUUUUUUUUUUUUUUUUGUGGCAUUGAAGUGGAAAGGCGCAUAAAGACGGAAUGGAAGGAAACUCCAGAGCUCGAAUAGCCGGUGCACUUGAAGACGAAGACGUGAUUUGGAUUUGAAUAGAAACUUCUCUUUCUCAAGGUUCCUCUAAUCUCAGCCAUGGCCCGUUACUGGAGAUUGGGUUUAGCACAUUUCUGUCUUGCUGGUCAGCUCUUCUUACUUCUCCUAUCCAAGUCUUCUCUGUCAGUGAGAGCUCCCACCUACCUGUCGCAGAAUCUCCACAUCCCCUCUCUGGUGCCUCACACCCCUUUGGCCCUCUCUCGCUCCCGUUUCAGUGCAACGGCCCAGCUGGACUUCACCACCCACUGCAAUGCCAGCUGCUACCACAAGGUAGAAGACAUUGACAAAGAACAUCUAACUGAGCAGCUGGCCUUCGAAACACUGUAUGCUGAUGGCUCACGUACACUAACCACUGUCAAUCUGGAAGAUGAAGAUGCCGACAGCAACAUCUCUCCUGCAGUGUCCAUCAAGAGGAAGCAUAAAAUUCCAUCUUUCCCUCACAAAAGAACAAGGAGGCAAAUCUAUGGCGCAGAUGGACGCUUCAACAUUCGUGGUGACCACUUCCUUUUGGACUACCCCUUUUCCACGGCUGUACGCAUCUCGACAGGCUGCACUGGAGUUCUGGUAUCCAAACUACAUGUGCUGACCGCUGCCCACUGUGUACAUGAUGGAAAAGAUUAUGUCAAAGGUGCACGCAAGCUCAGAGUUGGCUUCCUCAUCCCACCCUCAGCUAACAGCACCAAAGAAGACUUGAAAAAGCCCUUGGUGCGCUGGGUGAGGGUGCGGCGGACACGUGUGCCUAAAGGCUGGAUACUCGGACCCCAGGAUGUCAGCAUGGAUUAUGACUAUGCCCUUCUGGAGCUGCGUUGGCCACAUCGCCGCCCCUUUAUGCGCCUUGCCGUAGCCCCUCCUUCUAAUGAUUUGGCUGGAAAACGCAUCCAUUUCUCUGGGUUUGACAGUGAUAGGCCCGGAGAGCUUGUGUAUCGUUUCUGCCCUGUAGAAGAUGAGAGUAAUGAUCUAAUCUACCAGCAUUGUGAUGCAAGACCCGGGGCCAGUGGCUCUGGGGUGUAUGGCCGUGUGUGGGACAAUGUUCUGGAGCGCUGGGAGCGCAAGGUGAUUGGCAUCUUCUCUGGACACCAAUGGUUGGAGAUCAAUGGCGAGAACCGUGACUACAAUGUAGCCGUCCGUUUCACUCCGCUCAAAUUUGCUCAGAUCUGUUACUGGGUGCAUGGAAACAGAGCAGACUGCAGUCUGGACUGAUUUAGAUAAGCAUGAGAAGACAGAAGGAGAGGAAGGAAAAACUGAUCAAUGAACACGCGAUUUUACAGUCAGUCCUUUUAUAGACAAAGCAAUUACUGUCAAAUCAAGAUAUGGUCCUUGGAAAGAGGUUAUCAAAGGAUUCCAGAUUUGAUCAUCAAAGUUUAAGUUAAUCCAAAUUGGAUCAGACAUCAUGUUUGCAUUAAAUUGGACUUUUAUUUAAACAAGUAAAACACUGCUGCCUCUCCAUUUUAAUAUAUUCAUCUUGGAUUAUUUGGUUAGGACUUAUGAGAAAUGAGACAGAAGGGUGAGGAAUUGUACACUUUCUUCAAGCUUCAAGUCAGUACCAAUAUAAAAUAGAAAUUACAUUUACACUGUUGUGACUUUCUUAGAUAUCCAUAAUAACAAUCAGUAUACCUGGCAUGUAUUUGUUUUAAAACCUGUUUAACACCAGACACGGUGCACAACCCAGUGGCAACGCUUCCAGCAUACUCCCAUGUUAAUCAAUAGCUACAUAUACGUGCAGCCUAAUAUUCAGUUAAUAAUCCGAUAGGUUUCUUAAUCGGAAUAAAAAAACAUUCUUGUGUACACCUCAGUAGGAAUAGAGUAAACCUAUUGAGGCCAGUCUAUAUGACCUUUGGAUUGUACUAUUUGCAAUUUGGAUUGGGUAAAGUGGGUAUGGCCUCGAACGUAAAUUUUGAGGCAGAUGCUGGACAAAUUAAAUUUGGCGGUUCAGCGUUAUUCCCAGUCAAGAGAUUGGCUGUUAAUAAUGGUAACAUUAGAAGAUGGGCACAGGCAAUAUAUGUGCACUUCAUGGCCAAAAGUUUGUGGACACCUGACCAUCACAGCCAUAUGUGCUUUUCGACCAUCCCAUGCCAGAUUUAGCCCCCCUUUGCUGUUAAAACAACCUCCACUCUUCUGGGAGGGUUUUCCUCUAGAUAUUGGUGCGUGGCUGUGGAGAUAUGUGCUCAUUCAGCCUUAGUGAAUUCAGGCCCUGACAUUGUGUGAGGUGGCCUGGGGUGCAGUUGGCGUUUCAGAACAUCCCAAAAGUGUUCACUAGGAUUGAGGUGAGAGUGCCAUUCAGGCAAUUCAGGUUUUUCCACUCCAACCUUGACAAAACUAUGUCUUCAUGGACAUCGCUUUGUGCACAGGGGCACUGUCAUUCUGGAACAGGUUUGGGCCCCUUAGUUCCGGUGAAGGGAAAAUGAAAUGCUAUAGCAUACAAAGGCAUCCUAUACAAUUGUGUGCCUCAAACGUUGUGGCAACAGUUUGAGGAAGGUCUGCAUAUGGGUGUGAUGGUCAGGUGUCCAUACACUUUUGACCAUAUAGUGUAUCUACUUUUAACCAGUAUUAAAUGUGUGCGUUUCCUGUUUUAGCAACCAUACUUGCACAUGAAUGUCAGGCAAAUACCAAAUGCUGAUCAACUUUACUGAGGUCACAAACUCAUUGUCCGUUCAGUAAUGACAUUUGGAUGACAUUUUGCUGAAACGGAAAUAAUUUAAAACUCGUUAAAAGAUGAAAAUUUGUACAUGCAAACACAGCCAUUCUGGAUAAAAACACUACAAAAUACCAUUCAUGCCAUAGUGUGCAGCCUGGGCCCAUAAUAUUAGUAGUAGGCCUACAGUGCCUUGUUUUAAUAUGUAGUACUGCAGUGAACUAUCUAUAAACUGCUGUAGGGUCUCUGGAAUGAAAAAGACAGUCUCGAUCAAAUGCUUGCAUUUUCUGUGUAUCACAAAUUGAGCUGUUCAAAUUAUUCAACUACUAGACGUGUUGUCAACAUGGAGUCUACGUUUCACCUGAGUUUAUGAUCAUUAUAAGUCAGAUCCACCGGCACACAGAACCCCUUGAGGUAACACAAUAAAGACACACGCCGUGGUCUAGAGUUUGAUAUAAAAUGGUGUAUGAACUUUGAUAGUAUAGCUACAGCGGUGACACAUGCUCACAAUAAUAUGACGGUCAGUACAUGUUGCAUUUACUAACCCAGUGCAAGAAAGCACAGAACUGAAUUCUCAACGCGCAGCCUGAGAAAAGAGCUUCUGGUGUAUAAUCAGGUUUAGACUGUGAUGCUUACAGUUAUAACAUUGUGUAGUCUGUCAGAUAUAUUAACCUGUUCCUAAUGCUGAGGUAACUGGGGCACUUUAAUACUGCUUAUCAUGAUGAUAGAGUAAACUGAUGAUAUGAGUGAGCUAAAUUUGUGCUAUAGGCUAAUAUAGAGGCUAAUUUAAUUUCUUGGUGUAGAACCAGCUGAUGAAUGUUAUAUGGAACAUCUAAGCAUAAGCUCCUCUGUGAUUUUCCUGAGUAAAUAUCAUAGGAUACAGACUUCAACUGCUUUAGCAAGAAGAUAUAUGCAACCCAAUAUGCUAGAUUGGAUAGCAGGUACAAUAGAUGUGGAUACAUUGAUGAAUAUAUUUUUUUCUAUUUUCUAUUUUCUAUCAAAAUCCUUCUAUUUUAAUAAACAAAAAGAUGUCUAUCAUAAUUGUUUCUCUCUAUUUUGCCAUUCCAUACUAUGCAAAGCUUUGCAGUGGCGUACACAGAAGUCUGGCUCUCCCUUGUGGUCAAGAGGAUCAACAUUCUUAAGAAUCCUUGGUCAAGUUGCUGUAGGCUUCUCUGCAAAACCAAAUGAAGAAAAAAAAAAUUGGUUUCUAAUGCAAGUAUCAAAUGCAUGCAUCAUUAGUGUAUAACAUGGUAAGAUUUUUCAAGUAAUAGAAGUGUAUUAUGUCAUUAUGGAAUCUACACUUCUCCAGAGUGUAUGGUCAUUAUGCUGUAUAUCAGAUAUACCAGCAGAAUGAAGCUUCUAGAGCAGGGAUAUGUAACAUAACAUUUAUAAUCCAUCCCACUAAAUGAAUUUAGAAGGUCUGUUCAAAAUUAAAAUAAUCUUGUGGACUAUAAAUUAAUUGACGAAAAGAAAAGAGUUAGUCUGCGUUAUUCCACUAAAAGGCAAAACAGAGCAAUAAACUUCAUUUCAUUAGCAAGCUAAAAAUUUGAUGCUGUAACAAUUCUUUCCAAAAGAACUCAUUUAGGGGUUUCACAAUAAUGGCGGAGAAUACUUUUAAACACAACUUAUAUGUUUUGUUUGUAAAUCACUUUGCAAACUCUACUGAUCCCCUUACAUUUUAAAAUUAUGGGCUACUUUUGUGUAGAUUCAUGACAUAUAAUCCCAAUUCAAGGGGG